AUGGCACAGCCUACACAGCUCGCAUUCCGCACGAGCAAGCAGGUUGGCAUUUUCGACGCCGCCCCUGUUUACGAGAAGCUGCCAGGCUUUCAGGUCCCCGAGGGUAAUCUCCGAUGCUGUGUCUACUCUCCGGAUGGUCGCUUCUUUGCCUGGGCCUCGCCCGAAAAGGUCUUUGUCGUGGACGCCUCAGUCGGCCACGUGGUGACCGAGCUGCCUGCUGAUAAUGUCUACGAGCUCGGCUUCUCGCACGCCGGCACGUACAUCAUCACGUGGCAGCGACCUUCCAAGGACGAAGACGGCAAUGCAACCAAGAACCUGAAGGUCUGGCGCACAAUCGACGAUCAGGCCGGCGAAGGGGGUGCAAGAGACGUGGUCGGCAAAUUCGUGCAGAAGAGUCAGACGGGCUGGAAUCUGCAGUAUACCUCGGAUGAGCAGUACUGCGCACGAUGCGUCAACAAUGAGGUACAAUUCUACGAGAGCAAAGACUUGGGCACGGUAUGGAAUAAGUUGCGGGUGGAAGGUGUUGCGGACUUUGCGUUUGCCCCGGGCAAGACACAUUCGGUUGCCGUCUUCACGCCGGAGCGCAAUGGUCAACCUGCCUCUGUCAAGGUCUUCCUCGUACCACAAUUCAAUGCACCUGUGUCGCAGAAGACAUUCUUCAAGGGCGACAAGGUGCAGCUCAAGUGGAACCAGCAAGGCAGUAGUGUGAUCGUCUUGGCGCAGACAGAGGUCGACAAGAGCAAUAAGAGCUACUAUGGCGAGACGAAUCUGUACAUUCUGAGUGCAAAUGGUGGAUUUGACUCACGGAUACAUCUCGACAAAGAGGGUCCCAUUCAUGAUGUCUCCUGGUCGCCCAACUCGAAAGAGUUUGGCGUUACGUACGGAUUCAUGCCUGCGAAGAGCACCAUCUUUAACCAGCGCGCUGUGGCCACGCAUAGCUUCAACCUUGGUCCACGAAAUACGAUCAUUUUCUCUCCUCACGGACGCUUUGUUAUUGUGGCCGGCUUCGGAAACUUGGCUGGUCAAAUGGAUAUCUAUGACCUGGAGAAGAAUUACGAAAAGGUCUGCACUGUCGAGGCGAGCAACACAAGUGUCUGCGAGUGGAGUCCGGACGGUCAGCAUAUCCUUACUGCUACUACUAGCCCGCGUUUACGCGUCGACAAUGGCAUUCGCAUCUACCACGUCGCUGGUGGAUUGAUGUACAACCAAGAGAUUACCGAGCUCUACCACGUGGUUUGGCGACCACAGCCAAUAUCGCAGCACCCGCUUGGCAACCCGGCCCAGUCUGUACCAACGCCACACGCAUCUGCUUUGGAAUUUCUUGGCAAGGUCAAGACACCAUCGAAGCCUGCUGGAGCUUAUCGUCCACCUGGCGCUCGCGGCACAGCCACUCCACUGGCUUUCAAGCGCGAAGAUGAAGGCGGUGCAGCAUUCGUUCGCGAGAUGAUGUCCGGCAAACAGCCGGAGUCGAAUGGUUUCGGACCAAGCGCUAGGCGUCGUGCGGUCCCUGGAGCCGAGGCGACCGAGGCCAGUGUGCCUGGUGCAGCACCAGGUGGAGGUGUCGCUCUUACUGGCGAGGGAGAUGAAAACCUCAGCAAAGCGGCUUUGAAGAACAAGAAGAAGAGGGAGGCAAAGAAAGCCAAGGACGCCGAAGCCAAAGCGUCCAGUCUAGCGCCGACCGAGAACGGUGCGAGUAGUGCUCCUACGCUCAAUCGUAGUCCCGAGCGCAGGGACCGGCCUAGGAGUCAAUCAAAGGCUGGCUACGAGUCGCCACAGCCACCAUCGCGGAAACGUGAUGGUAGCCGACAGCGUGGCCCACGUCUCGACACUCAAGCUCAGCCACCCAACCCGUUCGCCAACGGCCGACCGGGCACAAGCAGUGGCAAGGCAACGCCAGCACCCGUAGCCGCUCCCACGCCUCCACCACCGGCUCCAGAUCUCACUGUUACCAGCCCGGGCACUGGCUCACCUGAGGAUAAGAAGGUCCGUUCACUGCUCAAGAAGCUGCGGGCUAUUGACGAUCUGAAGAUGAGGCAGGCGGGUGGAGAGAAAUUGGAGGGUACGCAGGUACUGAAGAUCGGGACCGAGGAGUCGGUCAGGAAGGAGAUUACUGCGUUGGGUUAUACAGGGGACUAG